AUUCAUUUCAUCUGUUUGGCUGCUGCUAUUAGCAAGCAUUUUUCAUAUUUGCUACAUUUUAGCAAAAGUAAACGAAAUAUGUAAUAUGAACGCAAUGCAAUAUUGAAGUUAUUGAAUGUGACUAACAUAUGAGAACGAAUUGGUCUCUAACAAAAACAAGUUAUUACUAGUAACUAUAAAAGUUUAAAAAUACUUCAACUUUAUGUCCAACAAUAUUCAUGCAAGGGAGGCGGUGCGAGUAAAAGUGAAGAAAUGUGAACAAAACAUACCGCCAGAAUGGCGUAAAUUUAGUGUUGACCCACAAAUCACCUCUCUUGAAGUCCUGUACUCCUUAUUGGCGAAGGCAUUCGAUAUUAAAUCAGAUUUUUCUAUUAAAUAUAAGGCUUAUGAUCCAGCAGGCAAUGAAACCUAUUUAUCUGUAUUGUCAGACUGGGAUCUCGAUGCUGCUUUCUUGCGUAUACAUAACAUAUCCAUACAAACAGCAACUGAGCCUUGUCUUAUGCUGCAGAUAGACGUAAAGCCAUUUACUGAAGUGAAGGACUGGGAUACUGAUUCAACUGGCACAAGCACAAUAUUGCAUGGAGUAAGUAAUAGUAAAAGUGCAAAUAUGUUGGCGCAACAAGCUAUGCCAUCGAGUGGCACUCGUGAAAUUAUGUCACCAUUGCAGCAAUCUUUUGGGGCUUCACAAAAAUAUAUGCAACAUAUGCAAACACGAUUGCCUGGCUUGAUAAUGAAUCAUAUGGAAAAGACAUUUUCAAUAGUGCAGAAAGCGUUUAACUUAUCGGAAGAAACAAUGGCUACGUUACCUCCACGCAUUCCUCUUUCUGAUAAUGAAUUCCGUUUAUUUUUGGAUGCAGUCGGUCAAAUACAACGCAGUGAUGAAUUGCGUAAAGUGAUUUUUUUCGGUGGUAUCGAUCCUAGUUUAAGGCGUGUUGUUUGGAAACAUAUUUUAAAUGUUUAUCCAAGUGGUAUGAAUGGGCACCAGCGUAUGGAUUAUAUGCGUAGAAAAUCGGAAAAUUAUUAUAAAUUGCGAGAUACAUGGAAAGCUGCUAUCAAACAAGGCUGUGUUGUAGGGGAGCUAUCAUAUGUUACCAGUAUGGUUAAAAAAGAUGUACUUCGUACCGAUCGAUUACAUCCUUUUUAUGCAGGCAGUGACGACAAUCAAAAUAUAGCAUCACUUUUUAAUAUACUAACAACUUAUGCACUUAAUCAUCCAUCGGUUAGUUACUGUCAAGGCAUGUCGGAUAUUGCAUCACCAUUACUUGUAACCAUGAACGACGAAGCUCAAGCAUAUGUAUGUUUUUGUGCCAUAAUGGCGCGAGUACGUGGAAACUUUAUGUUAGAUGGUGAAGCAAUGACAAAGAAGUUUGCACACUUAACUGAAGCACUUAGUUUUUAUGAUCCAGAAUUUUGGGAUUACUUGAAAUCCCAGCAGGCAGAUGACUUAUUGUUUUGUUAUCGUUGGUUAUUGCUUGAAUUGAAACGGGAAUUUCCAUUUGAAGAUGCCUUAAGAAUGUUAGAAGUUCAAUGGAGUUCUCUUAAACAUGAUGCACGACCGGACAGGGAAUUGUAUCUAUAUGAAAAGGAAUUUGUGCCUAUUUUGGAAAGUUCAACACCUAACACAUCUAGUUCAUAUUCUAGCUCUGGUGGUCCCCCAAUUAGCCCUUCGUAUAUGUUAGUAAAACAGCGUGAAAAUCCCUAUACAAAGGUGUGUGCUCUAAGACGCCAAAGCUCUUCCGCUUCGUUGAGCUCAUUAAGUUCGUCAUUGGGUAACAACACGUGUUCGCUUAAUUCAUCAAAACAUCUAAAUCAAAGUCUUGACGAUAAUAUACCACGUCGUGCUACACGUCGACAACGACAUAUUUCUGCUAAAGCCCAUCAAAGUCUUGAUGAAUCAAAAAUGUUGAUGCUUUUAGAAGGUGAAAAUGAAACCAAAACAGAAACGGAAAUUGAAUCUGGAAUAAGUGACACAAACACUGCAAAUAUUACUGGAGCAGAUAUAGAAGACGAUGUAUUUUUAACCAACUCAAGCAAUAAGGAAUCUGAUCAUUUUAUUUUUCAUCCAACAAAUCCUUUUAUAGAAGACGCACAAUGUGCUGUACAGACAAAUAAUAAUGAAACACCAAAUGACCAGCACUUAGACCAAAUUACAUUAGCUGACAAUAAACAAGCAAUUAUAUCAAAAUUAUUUUUAAAUAGUUCUUCAUCGUCACCGACAGAAGACGAUACGAGCGAAGACAGUAGUAAACCGACAAGUAACUCAGCUGAAAUUCCAAAAGGCAUAGCAAAGUUACAAAAUAAAAAUGUGCUUUCCAAUUACAAUGUUGUAAGCAAUAUAAUUGCAAAACAGAUUGCGAAUGCGACAAGUGUCGGUGAGAGUAUGAAGCGCGUGAGUACUAACAGUGGUGGACAUUUUAAAGAUUUGAAGGAUAAAAUUGCAGCUACAAGUAGAAGAGGACUUGCGACUGAGGAAACAAAUACUGUUAAUGAAAAAUCGCAACAGAAACUAGUCAAAAAUUUUAAUGAAUUUCUUAACUUUGCUUCAGCAAAUAAAAAUCGCAUUGCGGAUAAAUUUACAUUAACAAAUAGCAACUCCUCUAUUAAUACAGCACCAGACAAGGAUAAAUCUAAAUCGCCGUCACCCACUCGUAUGCAGAGUACAACAGGAACAAUACAACAACACGCUUUAGUGCAGUUAACAAAGAAUGCCUUCGUCAAAUCAUUAGAUGAUUCUGAUUCAUCUUCUGUGCCUGAAACAACAUGGAGUGGCUCAACUGCCGCGACCGCAAUUCAACAAACAAAUAAUUUGAGCAGCAAUAGUUUGCAUUUGGAGUUAAACUCACUUUCUUCAACUAGGGCGCACACACCAGACAAGACACCAGUUUUAGAACAAACAUUGGUCGAAGAGGUAGAUAAAGCUACUGACAAUAUCUUUAGUAUUCCUUUCAAUGACGAUAUUGUUUCCACACCUGAUGAUAAUCAAGAUCAAGAAUACUAUCCGAUGACAACUGCUAUCACACGAGAAUUACGUUUAGAUGCUGACAAUUUAGAUCGUCAGGUGUUUGGAGAACCAUUAGCAACCAAUGUGCAUACCAAUUGUGACAUUGAAUAUGAAAAAUUAGAUAAAGAUUCUUUAGAUUUGGUUGAAGAUUUAAAAGAAAAUGAAAUAAUUAAAUGCCCUGAUAUAAGCGAAUUAUUAAAACGACGUAGAAAUCGUGAUGCCAAGUCUAGAAGCAGUAUUGAGCCUUUACAAAAUUUGACAAAAGAAAAUAGUAAAGAGAACUUUAGGGAAAUGUGGUCGCAUUCGAAGUUAUUCAAUCAUAGUUUAAAUAGUAAAGACAAUAGUAUUCUAAUGGACGAACCCGCUGGAGCGUUAUUAGCGAGUACUUUGGAGACUCUUAAAUUAAAUCCAUUUAUUGAUGAAAGUGAAAUAGUAGCCGACACCUUAAUAGGUAAUUCUAGCAUACCAAACAGCAAUAGCUUGCCAGAAGUGCUUGUGCCAAUUUCUACAGAUAUCUUAGAUACAGCGCCCGUUGAAAUGGCGACUAACGCUACAGAUGAUAUAGCCUUCAUCAAAUCUCCGCAAAAAAUAGGUGAGAGUAAUGACAGUCCCACUACAAGUAGUCGACCACCAACACCACCCAUAUUGCCUCCCCCCACAGAGUUUGGCGGUGGCAAUCCUUUUCUAAUGUUUCUUUGUCUUACUUUACUGCUGCAACAUCGUAACACCGUGAUGAAGAGCGGUAUGGAUUACAAUGAAAUUGCUAUGCAUUUUGACAAGAUGGUGCGUAAACACAAUGUGACACGAGUGCUCAACCAAGCCAGACGCAUGUACAUUGAUUAUCUAAAAACACAAAAUACUUACAAGCUGCAACAACAGCGCUUACAAGCUUUAAAUCAAAGUAAAGGCACAAACAUUAUUAAUAGCGCAGUAAACGAUAUAAACAGAAAUACACCGACCUAUGCUAGCACAGCAGCUAAAUCAUAAACUUAAUUUCACUACUAAGUUAGUAUGACUAAAAAUUAUGUACUUAAUAGAAAUAGAAGAGAAUUUAUGGGUUUACUUAAAGAAAUUGUCACCUAUUCCAAAAAACACCAAAGAUGAGAAGCAAACUUUUACUUUAUAGAUUUUAGAUAACAGAGAUUAUAUUUGUUUUUUAUUUU